AAUAUUUGGAGAAAACACUUGAAGAUGAGUUUAAAAAGGUAAUGGUCUUCCUUAAAGGAUUUACCCCAGAAGAAAGAAGAAAACUUGCAAAGGUAACCUCAAUUCUAGUAGCUGGUGGUCAAAUACCUGCUUCUGUUCUUGCAAAUACAUUGCAGGAUCAUUUAGUAAGAGAUGGAAUUGCCUUAGAAUUUAUUAUGGAUGUCUUUCAAGCAUGGCUUGUAGAUAAAGAUAGCACUUCAUUAUGGGGAGCUUUACGUAAAGCAGGGCUAGAUACUCGUUUGUUGGAAUUCUUUCCGGUAAGCAAACGUAGUCAAGAGAAUUUAAUUGCAACUUUUAAAUUGCAUGGUUUAACCCAGCUCUUAGAAUAUCAGAAAGCACAAGAAAAUUCCUUUGUAAAAAAAGAAUUGCAGCAACAAGUUUUCACACGAUUGAAAGAAAAAGCUAGUGUGAAGGAAAUCAUUCCUAUUGUGAAGGAAUAUAUGAUUAAAUAUUCUCUUCCCGAACCCGACGUUGCUGUCUUGUUAUGGACUUCAUUGAUGGCUAUUGUUGAAUGGAAUAAAAAGGAAGAAUUGGUUGCCGAGCAGGCACUGAAGCAUCUUCGUCAAUAUACUUCUCUGCUUUCUGCAUUUACACAAAAUGCCAAAGCAGAAUUAGCCCUUCUUGUGAAGGUUCAAGAAUUUUGCUAUGAUAACAUGAACUUUAUGAAAGUAUUCCAGAAAAUAGUUGUCCUCCUCUAUAAAAGUAAGAGCAAUUUUAUAUUUGAUGAAAACUUAAAUUUGUAAUUAUUUUAAAAAUAA